AUGACCCCGCGCACGCCGCUGUCCCCUAGGCCUUCUGCCGCCGAUAAGAUGCAUAUGCCAUUCCGCGCGCGAGAGCGCCAAGACAGCACUGCUUCAGCAGCCUCGUCGGCGUCGUCCUCAAUGUCUUCGUCUACGAUAUCGAGUGGCUACAGCAGCUGCACUGAAUAUGACGCGGACGUACCAAGCAAGGGUUGGCCGAGCACGCAGUUUUGA